UUCAUUAAAUGUGGUCAUUUUCGAACGCAGUAGUCUGGUGGCGCUACCGGGGUUUUGGUGAAAAAAAUCGCACUGGUUUGUGAGAAACUUCUAACGCAUGAAAUUGCCGCAAAAUCCAUCAAAAUAAGUCCUCCCAGUAUUGAAAAUUGUGCCGCCAAUAUGGAUAAAUCUACCGAAAGUGAAAACAGCCCAAGUGCGACCGGAAAGCAACCAAAAAACGGCCCUAGUAAGGAACGACCCAAAGCCUCCGAUCAGGCGCUUCAACAACCCCCGCAAAAACCGGUAGCGAAGCGUAAGCGAAAGAAGCGUGCAAAGGAUGCAAACGCCCCCAAACAUCCGCUAACAGGCUAUGUUCGCUACAUGAACGAAAAGCGCGAUUCGUUUCGAGCCAAACAUCCAACGCUGACCUCCGUUGACAUCACAAAGCUGCUCGCGGAAGAAUGGGGAACGCUAACGGAUGAAGUUAAACGGCCAUAUCUGGAAGCGGCUGAAGCCGACCGCGAACGGUAUCACCGGGAGGUAUCCGAGUACAAGCAGCAGAGCAACAAUGAACCGGCCACAGCAAACAGCAAGAAACUAAAAACCAAUGGUGACGAUUCGGAUACGACUGGGACCUACUUGAACGGAAAGGACGAUAAGCGGGAAAUCCGCGUGGGAGAUUAUGAAAUACCUAUUUUUACCGACGAUUUCCUGGAGCACAAUAAGGUGAUCGACUCGGAGCUUAGGAUGCUUCGGAAGUCCAACAUCGACUAUGAGCAGCAGAAUUCGGUGCUGGAGAAGCAUGUAGAAAACAUGGACAACGGGAUACAGAAGCUGGAAAAUGAGACGAAUGGUCUGAAAAACCGAAAUGUGAUACUGCAGACCCAUCUGGAGAAGCUAAGAUCGGUGCUGGCGAUUGCUCUGGCUGGGUUACCAAUUGGGAACGAGAAAAAGGGUGCCACCGUAGAUAACAUCGAUAAGUACAUGUCGGAUCUACAUCAGAUGGCAAAAUCAAGCACCCACGGUCAUACGUUGAACAAGGCAAAGGACAUCAUACGCAAACUGGAUCUGCAGAGUUUGGCCGCGUAAAUGCGUUCUGGGCAGAUCGCGGUGCAUGUGAGUUUUAAUCUAUACUUAAUCGUCACACCUAAUUAUUUUUUUCUGUUUAUAAUGAUUGUGUGUUCAAUCCAUUAAACGCAAGUAUUUUAUGA